GAGAGAGAGAGAGAGAGAAUGUGAGAGAGAGAGAGAGAGAAGUAGAGAGAGGGAGUGUGUGUGAGACACACACACACACGCACACACACACACAGAGGGAGAUCCUGAGCCACAUUAGACAUUAGUAAGAAUACAGUGAGUAACUGCAGGAACUCGCAUCAUGAUUCAUUUCCAGAAGCCUUUAGCGAAAGAGAUGUUUAUUUGAAGCUUAAAAUAAAUAAGAAACCUAGAAAAAGACCUUGAUGGAUUUCGGUCACAUCCCACGCGCGUUGCGCUCCGGGCAAAACAUCUCGCGCUCAUGACAUGAACCUGCGCGCGCGGAGCUUUCACAUGGAGGUGGACGGAGAACCGGCGGAAGGCGAUCGCCAGGUUUAAUCUGCGCUUGUCCUGGUCUCAGCACAGACUUCUUCUGCUCAUUACUUUCCUUUUUAUAAAAUACUUCUUAUUAUUUUUAUGGCUCCCUUUGGUGUGAUUUGGAGCGUCUCUUUUCUGAAAGCAGCAGCAAUAAAGGACCGGCGCGCAGCACACGGAGCCGCUCGGGCGCUCUGACGGCGACUCUGACGGCAAUAACAACAAGACCGACAGGACAAAAAAGCAAUAAAAACUGCGCCGUAAAUGAUCGAGUCGUCGCGUCUGGAGACCAGCAGAAAUAUCGCGCGUGUGUGUGUGUGUGGGCGUGUGUGCGUGUGCGUAAUGAACGUGGCCGCCGCCGCCGCCGCCGCUUCUUCUCGCUCGGAUGCGGAUGGAAAGAUUUUCACGAACCGCAACUUCUGAAUUUCCCUCCGUAUGUUCAGGAGUCAGGAGUCAGAGCGCCUUCACCUGUUGUCCGCACACUGUGAUCUGUUUCAGCAGCUGUUUCUUUGUGUCGAUGUGACAGUGUCUAGGUUUAGAAGAUUUAUCGUUAAAAGCCUCUAAUCUCAUUCUAACUGCCUUGGACUUUAGUUACUUCAGAUUUCACUGCCGCACAUGGAGAAGAGCCAGACAUGGACCGAAACCGGUCUUAUUUUUUGACUUAGAAGAAAAGAUUGUCAUAAAGGAUUGAUUUCCUCCAGACACCACAUUAUCUGUUCUUACAGUUAUUUUUGAUUUGCACUAUAAUGGAAGUGCCACCGUGCUCUAAGAAGAGCCUGUCCCUCUCGCUGCCGGUGCCUCGGGAAGGACAGGCGACCCUCAAGCCUCCUCAGCACCUUUGGCGACAACCGCGGACUCCGAUCCGGAUCAAACACCGCGGCUACUCCGAUACUGACCGCCAUCAUCACCCGCACAUAGAGCGCGCGGACGCCAUGGACACGAGCGACCGGCCCGGUCUGAAGAAAUCCCGAAUGUCCUGGCCAUCCUCCUUCCAGGGUACCUCAAGCACCGGGAACUGUUCUGGGAGCAAACGUUUUGAAGGUGAAAAUGGACCGUCUCCUGGCCGCAGCCCAAUGGAUUUGCAGGCGAGUCCGGGGCUUGUGCUCCAUCCCUCUUUUCCACAGAGUGGCAGGAGGGAGUCUUUCCUCUACCGCUCUGACUCCGACUACGAUAUGUCACCUAAGACCAUGUCCCGCAACUCGUCCAUCAACAGUGAGGGCCAUGCUGAAGACCUCAUAGUCACCCCUUUUGCUCAGGUGUUGGCCAGUCUCCGAACUGUCAGAAGUAACUUCACCAUUCUUGCCAAUGUCACAUCGCCUACUGACAAGAGGUCGCCAGUUACAAGCCAAUCUACAGUUCCACCAGCAACGCUGUCUGAAGAGACAUACCAACAGCUGGCACGGGAGACCCUGGAGGAGCUGGACUGGUGCUUGGACCAACUGGAGACCAUCCAGACACAUCGCUCUGUCAGUGAAAUGGCCUCCAACAAGUUUAAGAGGAUGCUAAACAGGGAGCUGUCGCAUCUGUCUGAGACGAGUCGUUCAGGGAACCAGGUGUCUGAAUACAUCUCCACUACCUUCCUAGACAAGCAAAAUGAAGUGGACAUCCCAUCCCCAACCCUGAGGGAGCGUGAGAAGCCCAUGUGCCAUAUCAGUGGUGUGAAGAAGCUUACACACAGUUCCAGUCUGACCAGUAAAGCCCUGCCACGAUUUGGGAUCAAGACCGAGCACGAGGACGCACUGGCCAGGGAGCUGGAUGACUUGAAUAAGUGGGGCCUUAAUAUUUUCCGAGUGGCUGAGUUUUCCAAUAACAGACCUCUGAGUUGCAUCAUGUUUGCCAUCUUCCAGGAACGUGAUCUGCUGAAGACAUUUCAUAUCCCAGUGGAUACGUUCAUUACCUAUGUGAUGACGCUAGAGGAUCAUUACCACGCCAAUGUGGCCUACCACAACAGUCUGCAUGCGGCUGACGUCACACAGUCAACGCAUGUGCUGUUAUCCACGCCGGCACUGGACGCUGUCUUCACUGAUCUGGAAAUUCUGGCUGCGUUGUUUGCUGCUGCCAUCCAUGAUGUGGACCAUCCUGGAGUUUCCAAUCAAUUUCUCAUUAAUACCAACUCAGAGCUGGCUCUGAUGUAUAAUGACGAGUCAGUUCUAGAAAACCAUCACUUAGCUGUGGGUUUCAAGCUCCUCCAUGAAGACAACUGUGACAUCUUCCAGAACCUGAGCAAAAGGCAACGCCAGAGCUUGCGCAAGCUGGUCAUCGACAUGGUACUGGCAACAGACAUGUCCAAGCAUAUGAGUUUAUUGGCAGAUCUAAAGACCAUGGUAGAGACUAAGAAAGUGACCAGCUCAGGGGUGCUACUGCUUGAUCAUUACACUGACCGCAUACAGGUCCUGAGAAACAUGGUGCACUGUGCUGACCUUAGCAACCCCACGAAGCCUCUGGCAGUGUACCGGCAGUGGACAGAGCGCAUCAUGGAGGAAUUUUUCCAGCAGGGAGACAAGGAGCGUGAGCGUGGGAUGGAGAUCAGUCCCAUGUGCGAUAAGCACACUGCAUCUGUGGAAAAGAGUCAGGUUGGCUUUAUCGAUUACAUUGUGCACCCUUUGUGGGAGACCUGGGGCGACCUAGUGCACCCUGACGCUCAGGAAAUCCUGGACACCCUUGAGGACAACCGGGACUGGUACCAGAGCACUAUCCCCCAGAGCCCCUCACCCCCUCCAAUCGCAGACAACGAGCUUGCCUCUUGCACAGAUAAGUUUCAAUUCCAGCUUACCUUGGAGGAUGAGCCAGAUCCAGAGGCUGGGCCAAACCACAAUCAUAUAGGUGGCACUGAGCAGGAAGUGCCAAAGGAUCUGAAGGAAGGGGAGAGUCAUGGGGGAGGACAGGAUGAUGGUGGUGAAGAGGAGGAAGUGGCAGUGGAAAGAGGGGGGAGGAGGCGACUGCAGGUUCAGUCAGUGGUGGAGGAAGAAGAUGAGGAAAGACAUUCAGAGGGAAGUCCUGUAGAGGAGGCAGAGGAGGAAGAGGAGUCAUCUUUCUCCCCUGCUGAGGAUACGUGAGGCUCUAUAGCUAUCAGGACGUUCGCAGGAGUGCAGGUGGUCCCGUGAGAACUCUCUUUUUAUCUUACCUUACCCUCUUCUUCAUGGCCAUACCAUGAACAAAACAAUAUAUCUUCACCAACUCAAUAAAUGUUUUAUUUUAUUUUUCAAAAAAGGGAAGAAUAUAAUAUUAUCAGAGAAGUAAUUCACACAGUAACUGUAGAUUUGGAAUGGGUGCUGGGCCCCUUUCUAGCAGAAGGUAAGAGUCUGCAUGGAGGAAUACAGUUUUAGUGGUGUUUCAAAUGGGCCAUUUAGACCAUGUAGCACUCUGGAAUUUUGGUAGAUCCCCAUACACAUGCACAUUUAAACCAACAUUUAGACAUAAACAUGCAUAACCACACACACAAAACAGUUUCAGAAUAAUCAAAUCACUAAAGAUAUGUGUACAUGCCUGGGGGAACUUUAAAGGGAUUUGGGAUCUCUUUGGAAUAAGCCAUCUUAAAAGGAAUACCAACAAUUUUCCAUCUCGGUAGUAGUCUUAUUGCUCAGAAACAGCUUUUACUGCAUUCUUAACAGAGACUCAGAAAUUACAUGAUUAGUUAAAUAAGAGUGACUUUAUUUUCCAUUUCUGUCGGAAAUAAAGCUGUAAGUCCUUGCUCCUGCUGUACGGAAGCAGAGGCUUUGGCUGCUGCUUUGAAGGCAGGAGGAUGGUGAAGUGGAAGCAUGAGGAUUGAAGUGGCACAAGACUGGACCUGUGGUGCAGGUCUGGCCCCUUUUUUUCCCUUUACCAGGAGUGCUACCAGUGUGAGAUGGCCACGUGCCUUUCUGAACCACCAGCUUCAGCUCUGGAGCUGCCGUGAAGCAAUGCAUCGUGGGAUAGUGGUGUAAUUUUGUCUUCAUUUCUUGAUUGUUGCUUGUUUUAAGCUCUCUCUCUCUCUCUCUCUCUCUCUCUCUCUCUCUCCCUCUCCCUCUCUCUCUCUUACUGUUGUGCAUGAUUUGCGUGUAUGUUGGAAGCCUUUCUGUUAUUGUGUUGAAAACCUCAUUUUAUUAUGUAAGGUCUUCCUUGGUUGCUUCCGUUUUGUCGAACAUUUUGGGGACUGAAUUAAGGAACUAGCCAUGAGAGGAACUGCUCAUGGUCUACUGUCUCCUAUCAUGUUUAAUGCAAACAAGGAUAGUCACUUUUUGAGAAUAAGCCAUGUUAUUCUUCGGAAUUUAUGAUUUUGCCUUCUUUUGAAUUACAUUUCAGGAUUGUCCUGUGAAAAGAGUGGAAAUCACAGAAUCCUGUCAAUAGCAGCACAGAUUCACUUUCACCCGCUCAUAUAAUGCAGCCAUGCUUCAUCACAGCCAAUAAUCUUUUCCAUUUUGGCUUACCAAAGGAAUGGGUGGUAACUAAUACCUUGGCUGAGGGGUGUGAUUGGUAGAGAGUCGUAAUUGAUCCAGUGAAACUGAACGCAGGGAGUCACAUGCAGCCAUUAUUAAGUUUGAUGUUUUUAUGCCUUAACAAUGCAGGGUUUUUUGUAUGUGGCACUAUGCUGACUGUCCUGAGGCUCAUGAGAGAUCCCAGAAUAUUUGUGUUUUGUCUGUACACCUUGUCAAAUGUCAACUGUUUAGUCCGCAUUACUAGUAAUAUUAGCGAUUUUCAUGGCAUAGCCCAUGAUUAUUUAAAUACAUAUAUCUUAUAUACAUAUGUCAACGUGAAAAGAUCACAUUUAUGUUCACCAGGGUCUUUGAAUCUAAGUUGCAGUUAGCCUACAUCAAAAUAAUGGGUUGUCUGUGACUCUGAAUGUAACAGUUGACUGAGAAAUGGUGGGUAUAUUGUGAGAAAACGUCUCUGUGGAUGUGGGGACAAGCUGGUUUCUGCUGGUCAGUACCUUAGCUUCAGGUGUGUGCCUAUUGCAACAGAACUUGGAGGUUACACCAAUACUAACAAGGUAACAACAUGCCUGGUUGAAUACAUAAAAUAAUGCGUGUGAUCAGACGUUAUGGCUUCGGUACCUUGGUGGAUGGUUUGUAAUAAUAAGUUUGCCUGGAUGUUUAACUGGCAUCUAAUUGGUGGAUUAUAGACUUGUAAUCCCAAGGGAGGUUGAUCUGUUUAAUGAAUCGAUGACAUCCCCACAUACAUUUGUGUAUGUUACAAAAGAAAAUGCUUCUGUUUGUGGCUUUUAGUUAAUGAGGCAAGCUCUUAAGCAAACAAAUACUUCUUGCCAUUUUAACACAAUACUGUAGCAAUCGUUUCUUAUGAAGAAAUUAAUUACUUGCUGCCAUUCUUUUUGAAUAUAUCAAAAGGAAAAGUUUUCUUUGGACAGUUUGUGUACAGUUUUUAUUUUUGUAUCAUGCUGGUUGGUGAUUGUGAUAUUGAAGAAUUGAUUACAAUACAAUAUAAAUAUUAGACUUGAUAUCACUGCUUAUUUUGUAUAUAUUGUAUUGUCAGUCUGUACAUUUAAAAAUCACUCAGAAUUUCUCAUUGUCACUGAGCGCUUAUUACGUUUAGUUGUAAUAAAAAUGUAUUUGAAUGGUUGAACUUUGCAGAAAAACAGCCUACACACUCAUUCCCUGACCCUUCCUUUUUUUAAGGAGGAAACAAACCCCACAAUCACAAACUGUUUUAUAUUUUUGUUUGUUUGAGGGCAGCCUAAUCAUUUGUGAAUUGAAAUCCUGCACUUUAUUUUGGGUUGUGAGGUUGGUCUGGGUUAAACAGUGUGUAGAUUUAUUCUUUUAAAGGGAUACAAUAACACUUGCACAAGGUAAGCACUUCUCAUGGCUUGAUCCCAAACAUUUGGACAAUACCGGCACUCUCUCCCUGCAACCUGACAAAAAAAAAAAAAGAACUACUCUGCAGUAAUAAUCCACAUUGUAGAGGCUGGUAGUCAUGAGAUUUACAGUAGUUUGACUGAAGGUGUUUUUCAUGGAACAGUCUGUAACAGGCUGAUUUAUUUAAGAUUGUGGCUUGAGUAGAAAAGGGUUUAUUUGUACUUUAAGUCACUUUCUUCUGAUGAGAAUCCUUUAUGGAAUGACUCUCUGGGCUUUAAACACUAUGUUACUUGUUAAUAAAUGAUGAUAUUAUAAAGAGAAAAAAAACACAAAAUGAUUGUAAUAUUUGUAAAUGAUGUUGCUGUAAUGUGUAUAAUGUGUCCAAGUUAUUUUAUAUUAUAUUAUUUUUAUGAAAGGUUGUCCUCUGA